CGACCUGCACUUUUAUGGCUAAAUCUAUUACUUAUAUGGCUUUGUUUAAGACGUAAGUUAUAAUAAGGAUCAUUCAUAGCAAAUAUAAUGUUUCCUCAAACAUGCGCGCGCGUAAUAUUACUAUACGUAUUUUUAAACACAAAACCGGAUCUGAUCCACGACUUACCACUCUGACCAGUUACAACAACACAACUGUCAUCUACACAUCUACACUGAAGUAGUAAUUAAGUGCAGAUUAUAAUUAAGCAUAAUAAAAUUAAGAAAAUGAAUGCCAAAGUUAGUAUUUUAUGUGUACUCAGUGUGUUACGUUGGAGUCCCUCCUACACAGCAGCUAUGAAAAACUGUAGCGAUUGUACUAGUUUCAACGCAUGUGCUGCCGCCGCGACAGCAACAGAAAAUCUGUCAGCGUGCGCGGAAAAGCUGCCAUCUUGCGUUCCAGGGGUUGAGAUCCAAAUGGUUGAUCAGCUCUCGAGCAACGCCUGCGGGCUCGACGAUGCCGGGUUAGGAAUGACGUGUUGCGCCGAGCUGACAGCUGGAGUAGAGAGCGUAUUAGCGUCCGCCGACAAUCCAAACCUUUCCCUGUUACCGGACAACUGCGGUAUCGGAGAGGAAGACGAUAUUGAAUAUCGAAUAGCAGGAGGGGACCCAGUUUUAGGAUUCAACGACUUUCCGUGGUUGAUCUUCAUUUCUUACCAGACUCAGGCAGGACCACGAUUCCAAUGCGGUGGAAGUCUGAUAAGCGAGCGCUACGCACUGACAGCGGCUCACUGCAUCAAGGUCGCGCUCCCGCUCAGUGUGAGGAUACGAGAGACCGAUGUGGACACUACAGGGCCCCUAACAGAUAUACCCAUAGAAGAGGCCAUUCUGCAUCCGGGGUACCGACGUAAACCGGUCGUCACAGAUGACAUCGGACUUCUGAGGCUGAAAAAUCCUAUAAACUUAUAUUUCAGGAACGCUGGUACAAUUUGCCUGCCAGUGACCCGGGACUUACAGAACCAGGAUAUAAUCGCACUGGGCGCCGUAAUCGCACAAAGGAGGCUGCUAUAUGUCGGUGUGUCUAUACACAGUGUCGAGCAUUGCCGUGAGCAGUACAACAAAUACAGAACGCAUGGCGAAGAAGACAAGAUGAUCAACAAGAUCUGCUCCGAUUCCAAUAUCAAGGGUAAUUGUCGAGGGGUCUCCGGAGGCCCCUUGAUGGUGUGGGGCCCUUUUGGGGACCACAAGCGCUUUAUCCAGUACGGACUCGUAUCGUAUGGACCAAGCCGUUGUGGCUCCCUUUUACCUGAAGUUUACACUGACGUCACGAAAUAUAUGACAUGGAUUUUAAAUACAAUAAGACCUUGAGUGUAUAAUUAUGAUUUAAUUUA